UUCAAAAGCAAUGAAAUGACCAACGAUAGAUAUUAAAUUGUCUAUAGUAUAAAUAUAAGGUUAAAUAAUUGUUGUUUGCUAUUAAAUUUGGGAAGUUUAAAAUAUUACGAUCAUGUGUUAAUCGUUCUUGUUCCUGUCAUGGCGAAUAAACGCGAGACACACAUUCACACGGGAAGCAGCAUGGACUGGACUAACGUUAGCUAACACUGGUCAUGGCUAAAACUGAGGAAAACUCGUAAUACAAGGAUUAUGGCAGAUUCUAAUGGUCCACAAAAAGACUGGUACUCAAUACUGAGUGCUAAUCCAUCUGAUGACAUACAAGAGAUAAAACAGAAGUAUCAGAAACUGAUCCUCGUGUUUCACCCAGACAAGCAGAAACCGGGGCUAUCCGGAGGUGAGGCAGAGCAGCUUUUGAAGAAAUUCAUUGAUGUCGAUCGGGCUUGGAAGAUCUUGAGUGAUGAACGGAGCAGGAAGGAGUACGACCUCCAGCUACAGGCCGGUGAACUGAAGCAGAGCUGGCCGGUGGAUGCUCAUGUAACAUUGGAUGAAAUGAACUGGAAUGCUGACACUGAGUGUUAUACGUACAGCUGUCGCUGUGGUGGAGAAUUCAUCUUAGACCAGGAGGACACACAGGAAGCGGAAACGGUCGUAUGCUGCGAUUCGUGUUCGCUCAGCAUUGAAGUUCAGAAGGUUACUUGAUACUUUUGGAAUUCUACAAGUUUCUGAUUGGACAAUUUUUUCCUCUUUUUCUUUUGAGGGUUUUUAUGGACAUAACACACAGAUUUUUACAGGAAGAAUCAUUUACCGACCACAAUCAAGAGAUUUGCCACUUUUCUGGUUGGAGUGAUUCUUUUGCAAAAAAUAUCUGCUUGCUAUCAAGAAUGGUGUUUAUAAGUGUGAGGCUGCACAUCUCGCUCUGCGCAGUAUUAAAGAAAUGUCAAGUAUUUAAAU